AUGGAGAAGAAAAGUGAAGGAACCUUGGCUAUUAUAUGGCUGGCUUUAAUACAAGGCGUACUGGCCUCUGGUGCUGUGGAGGUCAAGCCCUCCAUCAACCCUGCUGCAGUCGGGGACACAGUGACACUGUCUCUGUCUCCUUCAUCAACUCUGAAGAGUGGAAACUGGGCUAUGGGAGAGUCCCUCAUUCUCACCUGGCAGGGGGAUAAGCAGCUGGUCGCCCCCAGUCACAGCAGCAGGGCGCUAUUCAACGUCCUCACUGGAGCUCUCACUCUGAGCUCCGUCACGGUUGCCGACUCAGGAGUCUACGUGGUGCAGUGCUAUGACCCCAAGCUUAGGGCCAACGCUUCCAUCACUAUUCUGGAACCCAUUUCGAAUGUAUCACUAAAGGCAAAUCAAAUCGACCUCAUGGAGUUCAACAGUUCAGCGGUUAUUAAGUGCUCUGUCUCCUCUGGAUCCUCCCUCUCUUUCUUCUGGCUGAACGGCAGCUCUGAGGUUACAGCCAGUGACAGAGUUCAGCUCACUGAUGGAAACUCCACUCUCACCAUAGUCAGUGUGACCCGUUAUGACCAAGGACCAUUCAGAUGUUGUGUGUUCAAUCCUGUCAGUAAUGGCACCAGUGAUCCAGUAAACUUUACCAUCAGCUAUGGCCCAGAUAACAUGGCUCUGACAGUGAAUGGACAGAACACAACUUCCUUUUUAGUUGGAUCCAAUCUGACCAUGCUCUGUUCAGCACAGUCCAGUCCUCCAGCUCAGUUUCAGUGGGCUUUCAGAGGACAGUCUGUGAACACGACAGGUCCAUUGUUGGAGCUGUACAGCGUCACCAAGGAUCAAAGUGGUCCAUAUUCCUGUCUGGCCUUCAACAAUCACACCAACAUGAACAGAAAUAUAACCUCACAUUCUCCACUUUCACGAUCUGAACAGCAGGCAGUCACUGUGUGGCUCCUUCCUCUGCAGUUAUUGAUGUUGGUGGCUCAUUCAGUCCAUAGAUGACUUUGAUUCGGUGAAAUAAAUUGGACAAAGUGAACUUUUAUGAAUUGUCCAUUAAAUCU